AUGUCCAUUGACUAUUGUGGAAUAAGGAUCGUCCUGGUCUCCGUCGCCCUCUUCAUAACCAUCACCGCCAUUCUGGCUUCACUCCGCUUCGGUGCUCGUUCUUCUCCCUUGUUAUCCUACCUUAAGCCCUCCGGCGCAAGCACCUUCUCCACCUCGGCGCAGAGACCGCUCCUCAAUUCCACAAUGGCUCCCCCGCAGUACCGGAAGCCGCCCCAGCUCCCGCCGAGGUUCACGGCCACGCCCGAGUCCUUGAUUGAGGAUACGAAGCGAUUGAUUGCCAGAUCUCGUGCAGUGCAGGAUGACAUCGUGAAGAGCAUCACCCGCGAGACCGCGAACUUCAACAACACCAUCCUCCCCGUAGCCCUCGACGACAACAAGAUGUCCCGCGAAGCGCACAUCAUCGGCUUCUUCCAGGCCGUGUCGACGGACAAGAAGCUCCGCGACGCCUCGACGGAGGCCGAGAAGCUGCUCGACGACUUCGUCAUCGAGUCCAGCAUGCGCGAGGACGUCUUCAACCUCGUCGACGCCGUCGCGCAGAAGAAGGAGGAGCUGGACCCGGAGUCCGCGCGCCUGCUCGAGAAGGAUCACAAGUCUUACAUCCGCAACGGUCUGGGUAUACCCGCGGGACCCAAGCGGGACAGGUUCAAGGAGAUCAAGAAGCGGCUCAGCGAGAUCAGCAUUACCUUCCAGAAGAACCUGAACGAGGAGCAGGGAGGCAUCUGGUUCACGCCCGAGGAGCUCGACGGCGUGCCGGAGGACCUCGUGGCUUCGUUCAAGAAGGGCGAGGGGGAGAACGAGGGCAAGGUGUGGCUCACGUUCAAGUACCCUGACCUCUUCCCCACCCUCAAGUACGCACACAACGCCGAGACGCGCAAGCGCGUGUUCAUCGAGAACGAGAACAAGUGCAGCGAGAACGUGCCACUGUUCCGCGAGGCCGUCCUCCUGCGAGACGAGGCGGCGCGCCUCCUCGGAUAUGAGAACCACGCUCAGUUCCGCAUCGAGGACAAGAUGGCGAAGACGCCCAAGACGGUCGACGACUUCCUCGGCGACCUCCGCGGCCGCUUGGCCCCCGGCGGCAAGACGGAGAUCGCGAAGCUGCUCGAGCUCAAGAAGCAGGAUCUUAAGGAGCGCAAUGUCAACGACGGCUCCGAGUCGAAGUACUUCCUGUGGGAUCACAGGUAUUACGACCGUCUGAUGCUUGAGAAGGAUUACUCUCUGGACCAGCAGAAGAUCUCGGAGUACUUCCCGCUUUCGACCACCAUCCAGGGCAUGCUUAAGAUCUUCGAGGAGUUGUUCGGCCUCGUCUUCAUUGAGUUGGUAGGAGCCGAUAGAGACGCCCUGGCUGAUGGCGGCAAGGGGUCCGAUAUUGUAUGGCAUGAGGAUGUCCAGGUCUACAGUGUUUGGGACGAGGAGAGCGCAGGCGCCGAGUUCGUUGGAUACCUCUACCUCGAUCUCUUCCCACGAGAGGGCAAAUAUGGACACGCCGCGAACUUCAACGUCCAAUCCGCCGGUAAUGACGAGAACGGCGUUCGCCGCUACCCAGCCACCGCGUUGGUGUGCAACUUCUCCAAGCCCACACCCAAGAAACCAUCCCUACUCAAGCACGACGAAGUCGUGACGCUCUUCCACGAACUCGGCCACGGAAUCCACGAUCUUGUCGCCAGGACGAAAUACUCCCGCUUCCACGGCACUGCAACCUCUCGCGACUACGUAGAAUUGCCAAGUCAAUUGCUGGAGAACUGGUGCUGGGAACCCUCAUUAAUCAAGUCCCUGUCCCACCACUACUCCCACCUUUCGACCGAGUACGAGAAUGAGUACAAGGAGUCGUCCGGAGCCGACAAGAAGCCCGCCGAGAGGAUCCCGAGCGAGAUGGUCGCAAGCAUCAUCAGCACCAAGCACGUCAACGAUGCGCUCUUCAACCUUCGCCAAUUGCACUUCGGUAUCUUCGAUAUGACUGUGCACACUCCAGCCAGCCACGAGGAGCUUGAGAAGCUCGAUAUCACGACACUCUACAACAGGCUGCGAAAUGAGAUUUCGCAACUUGACGGCCCCGAGGCUCUCAGUGAGACUAAGGAUUGGACGUGGGGUAAUGGACAGGCUACUUUCGGCCAUCUUAUUGGCGGGUACGACGCUGGUUACUACGGCUACCUCUCCUCGCAAGUGUACUCCACCGACAUUUUCUACACCGUCUUCAAAAACGACCCCAUGAACGGCAAAGAAGGCCGCAAGUACCGCCACGCCGUGCUGGAGAAGGGCGGCUCCAAGGAGGAAAUGUCCAUCCUAGAGGACUUCCUUGGCAGGAAGCCCAACACGGAUGCCUUCUUCAAGGACCUCGGCAUCUACAAAUAGAUAUGUCACUGGAGCCGGCGAGGAUGAAACUGCAUUUGCCGUCGUUUGGAGCAUUAAGCUGAAGCACGCUGAUAGAUAGCAAUUUAGAGAUGCUUUUGACUAUGAUUUGCUUGUGUGACCGGAGUUCGGGGAUUGAAACGAAUUUCGCC